AUGGCCAUUGACCACACCACCGUCGUAGUCCCCGAGGACAAAUUCCGGGAGUGCUUGUCAUUCUAUGUUAAAGCUCUUGAGCCGCUGGGAUAUCGAGUCGUCUAUGAGUUUGGCGACAAUGUCGUUGGACUUGGCUCGGAGUCUGACGCUUUGGAAAACUACAAGGUUGCCGACUUUUGGCUUUUUGGGGCGAAAGAGGCUGCCAAGGUACAUGUUGCAUUCCGCGCCGAAAAUCGUUCUCUGGUAGAUGCAUUCCACGCGGCGGCGAUCCUAAGCGGAGGGCAGGAUAAUGGGGCGCCGGGCGUGCGAGCGCACUACCAUGCCAACUACUACGGCGCCUAUGUACAUGAUGCGGCAGGCAACAAUAUCGAGGUUGUGUGCCAUAAACCAUAA